AUGUUUCCUGCCAACUUCCUCCAGACUGUCCUCCACGGCUUGAUCUUCUCUAAUACACAACCGUCUGACCCGCAAGCUGGCAAGAUGCUUGCGACGCCUUCUCUCCAAGUCGCUGCCUCUCUCGGCGCUAUCCUGAGCUCUGUGGCUCCGACUGCAACGUCCACACCCAUAUCUCGUGGCUUAUUGGUGGACGCGGCUCCUGAAACGCCUCAACCGUAUGUGUUGCCGAAUCUGCAGGGCCACGCCGUGGAUUUCGGGGGCUUGAUCAUCCGAACCCUUGUCCCAAACACCACGUCGUCAGGUUCCUUUUCACUCGUUGGUGUCAACUCAGGCCCAGCUCCUCUGAACCUCAUCCACUACCACAAAGAAAUCGAGGCCUUCUACAACCUCAAAGGCAGUGUGCAGGUCUUCCACAACGCUGACACCGGUCGCGAGCUGCGUGCCAAUGACUUUGUAUUCCUGGCUCCAGGCAACAACCACACCUAUCGUCCCAAUGAUCUCGACUUCCAGCUCACCCUAGGAAUGGCUCCAGGGGGAAUCGACCAGUUCUUUGCCGCUGCUGGUCUACCUUACAGUUCAACCGCCCCGUUUGACCCGCAGGAUGCCUCGCAGCUCAACGUGACCAAAGUUUUGGGGCUGAUGCCUCAGUACAACAUUGUACCCGAACCAUUCAAUACCAUCAACCUAGAUUGGACAAAUGGAACUACAGCAGAGGGCUUGGGCACUUGGCAUGUCGCCGAGCAAUAUUUGCCCGAUGAUGCCACAAAACCCUACUUCGUCUCCAGCAACCGCGGGCCCAAAUACUUGCACCGCAGCUCGGGCCAGGUCAUCGCUCAACUCGCUUCAGGCAAACAGACCAGCGACAAGCUCAGCAUCGCCAGCAUCGCCAUCAAGCCGAACAACAAACAGUCCCAGCUGCAAUUCGACGUCGAUCAGGCAGUUCAAGUCACAGAAGGUCAGCUGCAUCUCGAAAUCGGCAGUGAAAGGGCACAAUUGAUCUUUGGCGACCUUGCUUUCAUACCCAAGGGAACAUGUUUCAGCUACUGGUCGACCGUGGGCUUCACUAAAGUGGUCAACUGGGCGGCGGGCUCAGGGCUUGCCGACAGUUUGAUCUCAGAGGCUGAGCCGUGGAAGUAUGGAAUUUGGCCUGCCUGA